UAAGCAUAGUUAACGUUUAUGUUUUUUUUUUAUAUUCAUAAAUUUGAAAUUAUGUCCAAUUUUAAUAAGAAAUUAAAAACGAAAACAUAAGCUAGCAGUAGAUAAAUAAUUGACAAGUAACAUUUUGUGCAUUUUAUUAAUUGCCUUAUGGAGACGUGUUUCACGUUAAAUAAACCACACAAUUUAGGAGUUUUUUCCCAUAAUGGCAACAUUUUCAUGAUCUGUAACGAAUAAAAUAUUUUUCCAUUUUAAUUAAUUUUAAUUAAUAUUUUAUGGAAAAAUAUAAGCUCAAACUCAUAACUUAUCCAUGAAAUAUUAUGUUGUUAAGUUCCUUGUGCUUUUCUGAUGUACAAAUAAAAUCACACAGUACAUCUGUGCACUGCGCAAUCCGUCAUUAUGAAUAAAAAUAUCGGGAGUAGUUUCAAUACGGCAUCACCUUGAGCACUGACUGGGCGCGUCAAGUACUAUGGGUAGGUUUUAGUUGCCUCACUUUGACGAUGCGUAGGUACUCGGUUUCUAGGUGUAUUUGUUGUAAGGUCAUUAAAUGAUUACCUUUUCACAAAACGCACAUCUCUAGUAAACAGUUCUGACAAGGCAAGUGACAAAUGAAAUCGUGACAGUGACGUGAGUACGUGUCAAUGUCAAUCACAUUGACAUGUUAUGGAACGGAAGUUGCCUAAGUUGAACUUAGAAAACUUUAAUUAAAACGUUUGUUUAUCAUUAAGCAAACCUAGUUGUAAUUGUGGUGUAGAUUUUUGGAUUUGCCAGUUAUCUAAUUACAUUUAAUAUAUUUAAUUUUAAGUUGUACUGUGAUUGAAGUUAGUGCUACAGAAAGUAUAGAGAUCGACACACCAGAUGACCUGCUGCUUGCAAAUACUUUACUUAAAACUAACUUGGUACACCGUCUAAAAUAAAAACCAAUCCAUCCAUCCUGCUGCUGAAGCCAUCAUACAAAAAAGUAUAUUAUGUCAGUGGUGACAGAGGAAGUGACAUUUGCAGAGUUAGAAGCAACUGAUGUUAUAAGUGUAGAGCUUGUACCAGAACGCAAAGGUCUCAUACUGAAGCAUUGUGAGUACUAUGUCAGUUCAAGAAGACAUGGUACAACAGUAUCCAGAAGAUACAAUGACUUCGUUCAGCUAUAUGAUAUCUUACAUGCCAAAUAUCCUUAUCGUGCAAUAUGUCGAUUGCCACCAAAACGUGUGGUGGUUGGGGGCGGCAGCUCACAUUUCUUGUUGCGGCGCCGCGCCGCUCUCCAGCGCUGGCUGACUCUGGUCGCACGGCACCCAGUCCUGGCUCAUGAUGCCGACCUCAGGGUGUUUCUCUGCGAAAGUACAUUAAGAUUAGAGAAACCGAAACACGAUGAAUUUAUUCUAGCUGGCACUCAGGAAGAUAAUCUGAACGAGGUGACGACACAAGAGUUGCAGGACGCGUUCGCGACCGAGCAGGAACCCUUAAGAUUGGCACAACUCGCCCUAGCCAGACUGACGCAGAUAUUUGAAAAAGUGCAAGAAAGAUGUGAGGCCGAGAGGAGUGACAUGCGGGAGCUCGGCGCAGCGCUGAGUGGUCUGAGCGCAGCCGCGGGCGCCGGCGCGGACCCUCAGCUCGCCGCCGCCGCGCAGUUGGCGGGCGCGGUGGGCCCCGAGCCGGAACCUGCGUGGGAGGACGAGGGCGCCGGCCCGCUGCUGCUGGGCGCCGACGCUUGCGCCGCCUACGCGCAGCUGGUCGCGCGCCUGCAGCGCGGCCUGCACGCCGAGCGCGCCGCCGCCGCCGCCGCCGAGACAGCCGCGCCCGCCGCGCGCGCCCUGCGCCGCCGUCACCGCUAUGCACUACGCGCUGCUCUGCAGGUCACUUUUAUUUGUUAA